GAUCGAAUUGUUUUUAAAGACUCUCUAUUUGCUGAAGCGUCCCUAUAUUUUUGGGGGUUGGGAUUUUAUCCUUAAUAUUCAAGACUAAUGUGUUCCUUCUCGCCUCAGCUGAGUGGUUGAGUACCAGCUGCUGGAACUCUGUGUUUUCCUCGCCGGGAGGAUCGGGGAGGACUCCUCCAGCAGCCCGUCUCCUACUCUGAGCAGCGGCUGAGCUCCGGCUCAGUUUCAGGUCCUGUGGCGCUCCGUCUCUCGCAGCGGACAUGGCGGACCCGGGGGAGUGCAGCAUCAAAGUGGUGUGCCGCUUCAGGCCGCUCAACAGCGCCGAGGUGGCCCGGGGGGACAAGUACAUCCCCAAAUUUAUUGGAGACGACUGCGUGCAGAUUGCGGGAAAGCCGUACCACUUUGACCGCGUGUUCCAGUCCAGCACCACUCAGGUGCAGUUCUACAACGCUGUGGCUCUGAAGAUCGUCAAAGAUGUACUGGAGGGAUAUAACGGAACGAUAUUUGCUUAUGGGCAGACUUCGUCUGGAAAAACACACACAAUGGAGGGAAAACUUCAUGACCCAGAAAUGAUGGGAAUCAUUCCUAGAAUUGUCCAAGACAUCUUCAACUACAUUUACUCCAUGGAUGAAAACUCGGAGUUCCACAUCAAAGUUUCAUAUUUCGAAAUCUAUCUGGACAAAAUCCGAGACUUGUUGGACGUAACAAAGACAAACCUGUCAGUGCAUGAAGACAAGAACAGGGUGCCCUAUGUCAAGGGAUGUACCGAGCGCUUCGUGUGCUGCCCCGAGGAAGUUAUGGAUGCCAUAGACGAAGGCAAAAACAACAGACACGUGGCCGUCACAAACAUGAACGAGCACAGCUCCCGAAGUCACAGCAUCUUCCUCAUCAACAUCAAGCAAGAAAACACCCAGACUGAGCAGAAGCUGACCGGCAAACUCUACCUCGUCGAUCUGGCAGGAAGUGAAAAAGUGGGUAAAACGGGAGCAGAGGGAACAGUUCUGGAUGAAGCGAAGAUGAUCAACAAGUCUCUGUCGUCGUUGGGUAACGUCAUCUCUGCUCUGGCGGAGGGAUCGAGCUACGUACCAUACAGAGACAGUAAGAUGACCAGGAUCCUGCAGGACUCCCUGGGAGGAAACUGUCGGACAACCAUGGUCAUCUGCUGCUCACCUUCUGCUUUCAAUGACGCAGAGACCAGGUCCACUCUGCUGUUUGGACAGAGGGCAAAGACGAUCAAAAACACGGUGAGUCUGAAUGUGGAGCUGACCGCAGAGCAGUGGAAGAAGAAGUGGGAGAAGGAGAAGGAGAAGAACAAGACUCUGAGGACCACCAUCACCUGGCUGGAGACAGAGCUCAAUCGCUGGAGGAAAGGAGAGAGCGUGCCAGUGGAGGAGCAGUUUGACAAAGAAAAGGCUAAAGCUGAGGUGGUGUCGCUGGAUGCUGCUCUCAACAACAAUGAUAAGGCUGCACCCAAGCCUUCCCUGGGCAGCCUGCCCGGAGUGGCUCUCACGGGUCCAGAGCAGGAGAAGUACGAAGCAGAAAUGGCCAAGCUCUACAAGGAGCUGGACGACAAGGAUGAUGAGAUCAACCAGCAGUCCCAGGAGGUGGAGAAGCUGAAGCAGCAGCUGCUGGACCAGGAAGAGCUGUUGGAGUCCUCGCGCAGCGACCACGACACCCUGCAGACGGAGCUGAACCGGCUGCUGGCUGAGAACGAAGCCUCCAAGGAGGAAGUGAAGGAGGUGCUGCAGGCGCUGGAGGAGCUGGCCGUCAACUACGACCAGAAGAGUCAGGAGGUCGAGAACAAAACCAAGGAGUUUGAGGCGCUUAGCGAGGAGCUGAACCAGAAGUCUAGCUCCUUGGCCUCCAUUGACUCGGAGCUGCAGAAGUUGAAGGAGAUGACCAACCACCAGAAGAAGAGGGUCACUGAGAUGAUGUCGUGUUUGCUGAAAGACCUGGCUGAGAUCGGCAUCGCGGUGGGAAGCAAUGACAUGAAGCAACAGGAGAGCAGCGGGCUCAUCGACGAGGAGUUCACCGUGGCCCGGCUCUACAUCAGCAAGAUGAAGGCCGAGGUGAAGACCAUGGUGAAGCGCAGCAAACAGCUGGAGAGCAGCCAGGCCGAGAGCAGCCAGAAGCUGGAGGAGACGGAGAGCGACCUGACCGCCUGCAAGCUCCGCAUCUCCCAGUACGAGGCUAAGAUCAAGUCCCUGUCAGACAGUCUCCAGAACGUGGAGCACAAGAAGAGACAGCUGGAGGAGAACGUGGACCUUCUGAACGACGAGAUCGUCCGGAUCAGAGCUGAGGAGAGAGUAAAUGCCAUGGAGAAAGAGAAUGAAAUCCAGUCUGCCAAUGAAGUCAAGGAGGCUGUGGAGAAGCAGAUCCAGUCUCACCGAGAGGCCCAUCAGAAGCAGGUCAGCAGCCUGAGAGACGAGCUGGACAGCAAGGAGAAGCUGAUCACGGAGCUGCAGGACUCCAACCAGGAGAUCGUGCUGGGGCAGGAGAGGCUGAAAAUGGAGCACGAGAAGCUGAAAGCAGCCGACCAGGAGAAGAGCCGCCAGCUGCAGGAGCUCACGCUGCUGCAGGACAGACGAGAGCAGGCCAGGCAGGACCUGAAAGGACUGGAGGAGACGGUGGCUCGGGAGCUGCAGACACUCCACAGUUUGCGGAGGCUUUUCGUGCAGGAUUUAUCCAGAAGAGUAAGAAAGAAUGGGCAGGACAUGGACGACUCAGAAGCCAGUGCUGCUCAGAAACAAAAGAUCAGCUUCCUGGAGAGCAAACUUGAGCAGCUCACCAAAGUUCACAAGCAGCUGAUGCGAGACAACGCCAGCCUUCGCUGUGAGAUCCCCAAAAUGGAGAAGCGCCUGCGUGCCAUGGCGUCGCGGGUCCAAGCGCUGGAAGCCGCCCUGAAGGAAGCCAAGGAGAGCGCGGCUCGGGAAAAGAAGCGUUACGAGGAAGAGAUGGAACGCAUCAAGGACACGGUCAAGCCCAAAAACAUGGGCAGGAGAGCCUCUGCGGUCAUAGUGAAGCCUAUCAGACCGGGCCAGCUGCCCGGAGCGUCUCCCUUGAUUGGCAUCAACAGGGCCCUACUGCUGCAGAACAGCCAGUCUGAUACCAUUGGAGAGGACAAUGACAGCAGUUAAGAAUCUUCAGACAGAUGCCCAAACCUGAAGCCAAAACCUCAAACCAGCAGAGUCCUGGACACUCUGCACAAAUCCUCCAGUGUCCAAAUGUGUGCAAACUGUAUAGAAAAGCACCGCUGCUCUUUAAGGCUAACAAGCUGCUAAUGCGAGCAAGAUUGUUUCAAAUGCCCAGAAAAUUCUGCUUCUACUGUGAGAACUUUGUGUUCUUUUCACCCGCACAUUAAUCAUCAGCUUGUAAAAGAAAGCGAGCCUGCGCUGCACUAAAGGCCUCUAACAUAGCUGUCUACAUUGCAAUGUCACCAAGCGAACAUGAACACAUCCAACCGCUGGGCAGAUGCGUAGACCAAAUCCACACGUGGACGUGCUAUCAGAUACAAAACUGGUUAUUAUUUCUUGACCUAACCAGGAGUGAAGCACGCAGCUUCAGUUAUUACGGCUGGGAACCAGCGAUCAGGCCCGAAAACUGCAGUGAUGAACUCUGACCUGAACCUUCAGAGACACAUUAAGAGAGUCACAAAGUCGGCCUUCUGUCACCUGAAGAACAACUCCAGGAUUAGAAGAUUAACGUCCCAACAAGAUGAGGUGAAACUCAUUCAUGCUUUCAUCUUUAGCUGCAUUGAUUACAACAGUGUCUUUACUGGUCUGCCUAAAAUGUGGGACAGCUGCAGCUGAUCCAAAACGCUGCUGCUGGCGUUCUCACUAAAACUAGGAAAAUCCACCAUAGACAAAUUGAUUUCAGCCACAUCACUCCAGUUUGAACGUUUUGUUUUUGUUUACAAAUCACUGAACGGCUUAGCACCAAAAUACAUUAAAGAUCUGCUGUUGUCAUAGUAAUAGGACUCCUGCUUCUGGUUCUGCUCUGCAUUCCUGGAACCAAACAUGGAGGAGCAGCAUUCAGUUUCUAUGCACCACAAAUCUGGAAUUAACUCACAAAAAAACUGCUGAAAGCCAGAGUUCCCUUAAAUCGAGGCUAACCGCCCAUUUGCUUAGAGUUCCCUUUGAUCAUUAAUAACUGGAACAUUCCAGUCUGGAUCACAAGUUGUUUUUAUUAAUUUUCUGUAUUUGUAUGUCACGUAAAGUGCUUAAAAAUCCUAGACAAGACAAAUAAACUUGACUUGACCAAAACACUUUU